CAUUCAAUACCGAACCGGAUAAAAAAAAACCAACUGUAAUUACUUUUUGGAGACUAUUAAUUACUUCAUCUCGAAAAGCACCCCCCGCUCUAGCCAAUCCAUAAAAUCACAUUUGCCGCAAUGCUGUCCUCCGCGUGGCGCAGUGUGUCCACCUCGGUGGAAACCCAGUUGACGGCCGCUUACUUUCGAGGUUCGUCCAGCAGUCUGCGAUUGGGCCUGCGGCUGGUGGCGGCUCCUCCGACGCCUUCGCUCUCUGGUGCCGGGUCCACGCAAAGGCGAUUUCUGGCUGUGCCCGUCUGUCCAAGUCUCGUCAAGCUUCAAAAACUAAGGAAAGUCGGCUUGAGAGGCAUGCACAGCACUUUGGAAGAUGUAAAGCUUGCGGGCAUGGACAUUAAGAUCCUGCCGGCACUGCAGGACAACUACAUGUACCUUAUCGUGGACCAGAAGACGCGAGAGGCUGCUGUAGUAGAUCCCGUUGACCCGGAGCUGGUGAUCAAGACCGUGCAGGAGGCACAGGUUACCCUAAACAAGGUGCUGACCACCCAUCACCACUGGGACCAUGCCGGCGGCAACGAGAAGCUCGUGAAGCUAUGGGCCCAGGCGCUGGAUGUGUACGGCGGUGAUGACCGCAUCGGCGCCUUAAACCACAAGGUGAAACAGGACGACACUUUCACCAUUGGCAGCCUGAAUGUGACGUGCCUAUCAACGCCGUGUCACACCACCGGACAUAUUUGCUACCACGUCACGGCAGCCGAUGGCAGCAGCGGCGAAGGAGCCGUCUUCACCGGCGAUACCCUGUUUCAGGGCGGCUGUGGUCGCUUCUUUGAAGGAACGCCCGAGGAGAUGUACGAGGCGUUGUGCACCAAGCUCUCGGCUCUGCCGGACAGCACAAAGGUCUUUUGCGGACACGAGUAUACGCUGCAGAACAUGAGCUUCGCCCGGCACGUGGAGCCAGACAACGCGGUCAUCCAGGAGCGUAUUGAGUGGGCCAAGCACCGUCGUGCCUCUCAGGAUCCCACCGUUCCCUCAACCAUUGGCGAGGAGAAGUCCUGGAAUCCGUUCAUGCGCGUUCAUGAGUCCACAGUUCAGAAGCAUGCAGGCGGCGCCACUGAUCCCAUUGUGACCAUGGGAAAGCUGCGCAAGGAGAAGGAUACAUUCAAGGCUUGAGCAUUUCCCCUUGGUGCCUAUUUUUUUUUUUUUGUUCUUUAAGAACUUUUAAUGCAUGUGAUUUAAAAUUGGAAUUAAUAGUAAAUAAAAUUGAAGGUAUAUGAA